AGGUAUUAGUUUGUUAAGUAAUAGGUAAUUGGAUAAAUUCAGUUCUUUUCAGUUCUUGCCGUCUCCGCGGACGUUGCGGCUCGCAACUUUACAAUCGUUAUUCUGUCAUUCGCGCCCGUACUUGUUAUUGUGUUAUUAAAUAAUAUAAAAAAUAACUACAUCGCAUACGAAAAACUUCAGGGUGUCUUCGAGCAUUCGUAAUUAAUAGGAAUUUUUAUAAAAAUCAUAUAUUGUACGUUCUGCUUGUUUUCUUUUCGACGCAACCUGUAAUUUUGUACGACGUUCUUAAGGCGUCAUUAUUUCGAUUUCGGUAAUAAAUAUGUUCUGUUUUCGGUUUCACGACCUUUGUCGUUCCGAUUGCGGUCUGUUUUAAAAAUAGAAAAAUUCGUGUGUUAAAAUUUGUAAAAUAUAUUAAGUAUAUUUUCUUUUAUUACGUGUAUUCAAUACGCGUUCAAAUACUUGCAAUAAAUCGGAAAAACAGGAAUAACAUCUAAAAAUGGCCCCGAAUAUGACCAAGCGCCCAGUUGGCGCUCCUAGUGUUUUAUUUAAUGAAAAUGAUACAGAACCAUCUGUUGUUGAUGAAGGAAAUCAGAUAGCUGAAGGAGAAACUAUUGAAAAUAACAAAUACAAACCAUACAGAUAUCAAAGACAAAUUGUCUGGCGAAAUGUUGCUUUAUUUGUUUACUUACAUAUAGCUGCACUGUAUGGUGCAUAUCUAAUGUUUGCUUCUGCAAAAAUAGCAACAUCAAUUUGGGCAAUUUUACUGUAUCAAAUGUCCGGUUUGGGAAUUACGGCUGGAGCCCAUAGAUUAUGGGCCCAUCGAUCAUAUAAAGGAAAACUUCCAUUACGUAUUAUUUUAAUGAUCUUCAAUACAAUUGCUUUUGAGAACCACAUUUAUGAAUGGGCUCGAGAUCAUCGUAUGCAUCACAAGUAUAGUGAAACAAAUGCUGAUCCUCAUAAUGCCAAACGCGGGUUUUUCUUUUCUCAUGUUGGAUGGCUGUUGUGUCGUAAACACCCGGAAAUAAAAGAAAAAGGACGUGGUAUUGACAUGAGUGAUUUAGAACGGGAUCCAGUUGUAGUAUUUCAGAUGACGUAUUAUUUGUUGUUGAUGCCGGUUUUAUGUUUCUUGGUUCCUACUUGUGUGCCUGUAUUCAUGUGGGGUGAAACAUGGUCUAAUGCAUGGUUUGUUGCUACCAUGUUCCGAUAUACUUUCACUUUAAAUAUGACAUGGCUUGUAAAUAGUGCUGCUCAUAUGUGGGGUGAUAGACCUUAUGACAAAUUUAUCAAUCCUUCUGAAAAUAUUGGUGUUGCGUUAGGUGCUCUUGGUGAAGGAUGGCACAACUAUCAUCAUGUGUUUCCAUGGGACUAUAAAGCAGCAGAAUUGGGAAAUUAUCGUGCUAAUUUAACUACUGCGUUUAUAGAUUUCUUUUCUAAAAUAGGCUGGGCUUAUGAUUUAAAAACAGUAUCUAUGGACAUGAUACGCAAACGUGUUGAUCGAACUGGUGAUGGAACUCAUAAUAGCAUUUGGGGAUGGGAAGACAAGGAAUUAUCACCAGAAGACCGUGAAGAAGCCGUUAUCAUCAACAGAUCCCAUGUAGGAUAAAAAAAUAGUUUUUAGAAAAUGUUUAUACGAAGAAAAAAAACCAAAUACAGUUUGUUUUUCUUAAUAAAAAAGAAAGAAAUUAAUAGAAUGCUGAAGUGUUAAUGUGAAGGGGGGAAACAUAAUUGACAGAUCCAUACACAUAAACUUUUAACAAUGUAAAUAAAGAUAUAUUUUAAAAAAAAGUUUAAACAAAAAGUUAAAACAGUUUUCCUUAGUUAUUAUA